GAUCUCCAAACAGUGCCUUCCGUGGCCACACGGCUGUCUCAAGCUGUCUCUGUCUUCGUUCCUGGCUCUGGCUCUGUCCCUCUCUGGCAUCACCCCUCCCUGUUCCACAUGGGCCCUCUGUCUCCUACCAGGACCAUGCGGCUCUGGGGGCCUCGGAACCUGGGGGUGGCUCUGGGAGUCUUCAUGACCAUCGGAUUUGCCCUCCAGUUCUGGGGAGGACCCUUCCAGAGGAGGCCAACUGAGCUGCAGCUCCGACAGCCCUGGGCCAUAGCCCCUCGACCAGCUGUUCCGUCCUGCCCACCCCGGCAGCACCUCGUGUUCCUGAAGACGCAUAAAUCUGGGAGCAGCUCUGUGCUGAGCUUGCUUCAUCGCUAUGGGGACCGGCAUGGGCUGCGCUUUGCCCUUCCUGCCCGCUACCAGUUCGGCUACCCAAGGCUUUUCCAGGCCUCUCGGGUCAAAGGCUACCACCCACAGGGUGGCGGCACCCAGCUCCCCUUCCACAUCCUCUGUCACCACAUGAGGUUCAACCUGAAAGAGGUACUUCAGGUCAUGCCUUCCGACAGCUUCUUCUUUUCCAUUGUCCGAGACCCGGCAGCUCUGGCCCGCUCUGCCUUCUCCUACUAUAAAUCCACCUCAUCGGCCUUCCGCAAGGCACCAUCCUUGGCUGCCUUCCUGGCCAAUCCUCGAGCCUUCUACCGGCCUGGGGCCCGUGGGGACCACUAUGCCCGAAACUUAUUAUGGUUUGAUUUUGGCCUACCCUUCCCCCCAGAGAUGAGGGCCAAAAGAGGUAAUUCUCACCCGCCCAGGGACCCCAAACCCCCACAGCUGCAUGUCUUGCCUUCUGGCACUGGCCCUCGAGCCCCCACCCUAGAUCCCAAUGCUCUCUUCCAUCCUGUUUUCACUGUUGCUGGUGGUCAUGGCCAGACAUCCAGUCCUGCCUCUUUAGAUUUGGGGUCUUCGUCCUUCAUCCAGUGGGGCCUGGCCUGGCUGGAUUCCAUCUUUGACCUGGUUUUGGUGGCCGAGUACUUUGAUGAGUCAUUAGUUCUGCUGGCAGAUGCCCUGUGCUGGGGUCUGGAUGAUGUAGUGGGCUUCAUGCACAAUGCCCAGGCUGGAGGGGAGCAGGGCCUCAGAGCUGUUGGUAAUGGUGGACUGACUGCUGAGGAUCAGCAGCUGACUGCACGGGCCCGAGCCUGGAACAACUUGGACUGGGCUCUCUAUGUCCACUUCAACCGCAGUCUGUGGGCACGGAUAGAGCAAUACGGACAGGGCCGGCUGGAGAGUGCUGUGGCCGAGCUCCGGGCUCGCCGGGUGGCCAUGGCUAAACGUUGUCUGGUAGGGGGUGAGGCUUCAGACCCUAAAUACAUCAGUGACCGUCGGUUCCGCCCCUUCCAGUUUGGGUCAUCUAAGGUUUUGGGCUACAUACUUCGGAGUGGACUGAGCCCCCAAGACCAGGAGGAGUGUGAACGCCUGGCUACCCCUGAGCUACAAUACAAGGACAAGCUGGAUGCCAAGCAAUUCCCCCCUACAGUCUCACUGCCCCUCAAGACUUCUAAGCUACUCUCCCCAUAG